UUUGCGUUUUUUUUAUUCAAACCAAUAAUUUCUCCACUCAUGGUUUUUGAUUAAUCUUGAAUGUGAUCGGUUAUCAAUUGUACGUAACAUCAACCAAUACAUUGUUUUGUUACCCAAUUAGAUUAACCAAUUGCUGAGAAGAAGACAAAUCCAUGGCACAUUAAACAUUAAUAAGUACAGUUGAAGUUGACUUAUGCACUAUUCACCUUGUAACCAUUCAACACCAUACUUCAUCCUAAUUUAAAAUAGUCUUUAAUAGUUUUAAUUUAUUUUGUCAUUCUUUUAAUAAUCAACUUUAUUUUGUAAAACAUCCUUUUUUUGAAUUUGUUUUUUAAAUCAUUUCUUUUGAACAGGAUAGACAACAAUGCAUUUUUAUGUUGGAUUUACACCGGUAAUCAUGGCAUCAUCAACAGUACCGGGGGGCAGUAAGAAUGCUGAUCUUGAUGGAAUAUGGGAUGAUCUCAAAUCAGGUAUUGAACAGGUUUACAUCCACAAAACAGAAAAUAUGUCCAAGAAUAGAUAUAUGGAGCUUUAUACACAUGUUUAUAAUUAUUGUACAAGCGUCCAUCCUCAGGGUAGUCAACGUAGCCCGAUCGGCUCUAUCGGAGCUAAAAACAAGAAAGCACCAGCUCAAGGAGGUGCUCAUUUUGUUGGAUACGAGUUGUAUAAAAGAUUAAAGGAUUUUCUCCGAGAUUAUCUAACCAAAGUGCUCCAUGAGGGUAUUGAUAAAAUGGAUGAAAAUGUGUUAGCAUUUUACACCCAACAGUGGCAGGAAUAUGAUUUCUCUAGUAGAGUAUUGAAUGGUAUCUGCUCCUAUUUGAAUAGACAUUGGGUUAAACGGGAGUGUGAUGAGGGUAUUAAGGGUAUUCAUGAAAUUUACCAACUUGCUCUCUACACUUGGAGGGAUUGCCUUUUUGAACCUCUCAAUCAACAAGUAACAAAUGCUGUUUUAAAAUUAAUAGAAAAAGAACGGAACGGGGAAACGAUUAAUACAAGAUUAGUUAGUGGCGUAAUAAGCUCAUAUGUUGAUCUUGGACUUAAUGACAAUAAACCCGCUGGUAAAGGUCCUAAUUUAUCACUAUAUAAAGAACGUUUUGAAUCAAAAUUUUUAGAAGAUACAGAAAGAUAUUACAAUAGAGAAAGUACGGAGUUUCUUCGUCAAAAUGCAGUCACUGAAUACAUGAAAAAAGCUGAACAAAGACUUCAAGAAGAAGAGAAACGUGUUGCAACGUAUCUUCAUGAGACCACUCAAGCACCUUUGGCCAAAACUUGUGAAAAAGUACUUAUAGAGAAACAUUUGGAAAUAUUUCAUUCAGAGUUUCAGAAUAUGUUAAAUGGUGAUAAAAAUGAAGAUCUUAGAAGAAUGUUUCAACUUGUAUCUCGUAUACCUGAUGGUUUAGGGGAACUGAAAAAUUUACUGGAGAAACAUAUAACAGAUCAAGGCCUUGCAGCGAUCGAUCGAAUCAGUGAUUCAGCUAUGAAUGAUCCUCGACUGUAUGUAACAACUAUUUUAGGCGUCCAUCAGAAAUAUAAUCAUCUAGUUAAUACAUCAUUCAACAAUGAAUCUGGUUUUGUCGCUGCACUAGACAAAGCCUGUGGUAAAUUCAUCAAUAAUAACUCCUUGACAAAAAUUGCAAAUUCAUCAUCAAAAUCUCCUGAACUAUUGGCUAAAUAUUGUGAUUUCCUUUUGAAAAAGAGCUCAAAAAAUGCCGAAGAAUCCGAAUUAGAGGAUCUUUUGAAUCAAGUAAUGGUAGUCUUCAAGUACAUUGAAGAUAAAGAUGUCUUCCAAAAGUUUUAUAGCAAAAUGUUAGCUAAAAGAUUGGUAGGUCAUAUGUCUGCCAGCGAUGACUCAGAAGAGAGUAUGAUAUCAAAACUGAAGCAAGCCUGUGGCUACGAAUAUACAUCAAAAUUACAACGAAUGUUUCAAGACAUAGGAGUGAGCAAAGGACUCAAUGAACAAUUUCAACAGCAUCUCAAAAAUUCUAAAGAAAGUCUUGAUUUAGACUUCAGCAUUCAAGUCUUAAGUUCUGGAUCAUGGCCUUUUCAGCAGUCUUUCACUUUUGCUUUGCCACACGAACUUGAAAGGAGUGUUCAGAGAUUUACCUCAUUCUAUAGCGGACAACACAGUGGUAGGAAGCUUCACUGGCUUUACAAUAUGUCUAAAGGAGAGCUUUCAACUAAUUGUUUUAAAAAUAAAUAUACUCUUCAGGCUUCAACUUUUCAAAUGGCUGUGCUUUUACAAUAUAAUACUGCAGAUAGCUAUACACUACAACAACUUUGUGAUUGUACCCAGAUUAAAAUGGACGUGUUGGUUCAAGUUAUUCAUAUUUUGUUGAAAGUUCGUCUCCUCACAUGUGACGAUAUAUCAGUCAUUCAAAGUGAAACCAAUGAAGACGAAACUGAAGGAUUAACAGCUAAUUCUGUCAUUUCACUGUAUACUGGCUAUAAAAACAAAAAACUUAGAGUAAAUAUUAAUGUUCCCAUGAAAACUGAAUAUAAACAAGAACAAGAAAAAACUCAUAAACACAUUGAGGAAGACAGGAAAUUGGUUAUUCAGGCCGCAAUUGUAAGGAUUAUGAAAAUGAGGAAAAAGCUCAAACAUCAACAACUCUUAGCCGAAGUUUUAGAACAACUUAAAUCACGAUUUAAACCCAGUGUACCUGUGAUUAAGAAAUGUAUCGAUAUUUUGAUUGAAAAGGAAUACCUAGAAAGAACCGAUAAUUCAAAAGAUACCUACAAUUACCUUGCUUAAAAAUAACAUUUUUGGAAAAUCACAUUUUAUUAAAAACUGCAUUGUAAUUAGUUUUGAUCGAUCAAUUGUGCUCUUCAUUGUGGAUAACAACAGAAGCAUGAUCUAACCAAAUAUGCUUUCAUGUCUGUUCUUUUUUUACAAAUUCAAACUACAAGGGACAUUUUCAUGGUAUUGACGACAUUUGCUGUUAUAAAUCCUGAAACAUCUUGCAAAUAAGUCUGAAUUUUCAGGGACGAUUUUUGAAAAGUAUAACUGAAAAUCAAGACAUCUUUUGGAAUACAUUCUCAACAAUAGAUUCUCUCUCUUUCUUUUUCGAUAAAACAAAAGCCUUUGUACAUUGAAGUAAUUUAUUUGUCUAUAGCUUAUUGUGCCUAAAAACAAAAGAUCAUUCCUUCGAAGCAGAGCAAAUGAAAUGAAAACAAAAACAAGAUGAAAAGUGAUAGCAUAAACUGAAAAAAAGAAAGACAAGAGAUGUAUUGUUCUAUGUAUGCAGUCACCACCAUUUUUACCUGGACAUCCACAAACAUUAAGCAAAUUUCCUGAUAAGGCUCAAAUACUGGACUAAUCCUUACUAUAAAUAAAUCACCAGUUAAAUCAAUCAAACUUUAGGAGCAAAGAAAAAAUUCAUACUCUUAAUUACCAUUUAUUCACCUUUCCCUUUUUUUCUUGUACAUCCUAAACGCUUUAUCUGGCUUUUGCUGUCAUAAUUAUCAUAACUUGAAACACCACCUACAACAAAUGUGAAAUGAAACAAAAUCAGGCUACUUUUGAACAUUUUGUACAAUAAUUGAAUAAUCCAAUUUAUUUGUCUAA